UAUCACGUGGGCAACAGAGACCGCGUCUCUUCGAAUCGACCCGGUGAGAGGGCUGUGUUAGAACAUCUCACAGUCACUCUCUCCUCCGACCAGUGGACAAGACUCCGAUGCUGCUCCGUCAGUCAAAUGCCAGUUUUCCUUUAAAAUACCAGAAUCAACACCUAUACAAAGCUUUGUGGUUUGAUUAAGGAGGGCAACUGCCUUCCACUAACUGCCCAAGAACAGAAGUUUCCCUGCGCUGAACAGGUUACUUUGGCGCUAGCUGAAGUCAUUCAAUUUGGGAUGCUGGGGUGUCAGGAGUCCGGGGUCAAAUCGACCUCCAGUCACAGGAUCUCUUUUUCAAUCAGUGAUAUUUUGGAUCCAAAGAAAUUCACCAGGAAAAACGAAAAUGAACAGUCAACGGUUAAAGAACUUCACAACCAAAGCCUGGAAAGUUGUGGAGCGCGCAUAUUCAGAGAUCAGAAUGACAAAGGGGAAUCCUCCUUAUCUGUGAAACAAGCGGGUGACACUGGCAGCACCAAGGAGGAACACACAGAGAGGCAAAAUUCAGCACCUUGUAGACCAACAACUCAACCAGUCUCUUCUCCCAACUCUAUUCCUGGCUCUCCCGCUUCAGAGAAGCUCGCAACGUCCGUCUCUUCUCAUCAUGAGUGUUCCUUGAGUGAGGACCACGAGGAUGCAGACAGCCACAGCAACAGCAGCGGGAGCGGUUGCGAGACCGUGGCCACAGAUGACACGAGGCGACUCAAGCGCCGCCGCUCAGACCACGGCUGCGCGAAACCGAGACGCGCGCGUACCGCCUUCACGUACGAGCAACUGGUGGCUCUGGAGAACAAGUUUCGGGCCACACGCUAUCUGUCCGUCUGUGAGAGGUUAAAUCUCGCACUGUCUCUCAGCCUAACAGAAACCCAAGUGAAAAUCUGGUUUCAGAACCGCAGGACGAAGUGGAAAAAGCAGAAUCCUGGAGCGGACAGCACAAUGCCAACCGGCCCAAGCGCCCUAUCCAGCGUCAAUUCGAGUUCUUGCUCAAGUGUAAGCACUUACCAAACUUUCCCCUCGUUCAACACGGCCACUAUGACUUUACACUCGGGUGGUGUAGUUCCGCUUUCCGCCUCUGGAGGGCUUUUGCAUCCUUUCUUGCCCACUGGUUACAUGCAACCCUCGUUCUUCACCCAGCAUUUGUGAACAAUUCCCAUUUUAAAGAUUCAUGUUGAUGACUUCGCAUUGUGAAGAGCACUGAUGUGAAUGGCAAAUAUGAUCACUAACUGUGCGUAGUUUUAUGCAGCAAAUGUCUCCUAACUGGGUUAAAUGAAAAUGAACAGAUCAUGUCACAGUCGUAGUCCAGAUGAUCUAUCGUAGGACCAUCGUAGAAAUGUAUAAAACAAGCCAUUCUAUUGUAACACUUUAACAUUGCCAUGGACAUUUCUAAAAACUGAUAGCCGAUAGGGCAAAAUGAUGUUAAAAAGAACAUCAGUCAUGCAAUGUGUUAAUACUAUACAAAGUUUCACUACUUAAUUGUAAAUAAUGUCAAAAUCAAAACACUGUUUAUAAGAUAUUGACACGGAAAUUUGUGUUAUUUUAUUUAAAGUGAUAAUGUAAUUGAGAUAUGAAAGAAAUUGACAUGACAUUCCUCAUGAUGAAUAAAAAAGACAGGAAAGAAUGACAACAGUUUAACUAGCCUAAAUGUCCCCGUGCUAUACUGUGCUAUGCGUAUGUGAAAUGUGAAUAUCAUUUGUGCGCUUAAAAAAACAUAGUUUUUAUUGCCCAUCUCUGCCUUCCUGUUCUCCACUCCUCUCCAAUAUGAUUCUAAACGGCCCCCUACUGACAAUGCAACUCACACUAACGAUGCUCUUAUUUUUGUAUUUAUUUUCUAUUUUACAAAACAUUGCAAUACAUUAUAUUUUAAUGAGAGUAUUGCCGGCUACACCUUAAUGCUAAAAGUAUAGGCUAUUUUUGUUUAACCCAAAACGGGAAAAGAGGACAGAAAAAUUAAUUAUUUUUAAUUUGGCAUAAUGCAGGUUAUGAGUGAUGCUGGCAACGUGUAAGGCAAAUUGUACCUUGUAGAGUCACCUGAGAAGCUUCAAGCAUGCUUCAAGGGAGAAGCUUGAGAGCAUAUCUAAGCAUCAUA